GGCGGGUCUCAGAGCGGGGCCCGGGCGCGGCGACCCGGGGGAGCCGGUCUAGACCCGCCUUAGAGACGCGGGGGGCGGGGAGGCCACGCCGGCCAGGCCCGGGGUGAGGCGGCCCGGGGACAGUGGCGCUGGUCCACGGAGGAGGCGGCACCAGAGCCGCGCCCUGAGAUGAGCGGGAAGGAAGUGGGACGGGACCCCGCUGACGGGGGCCGCAGGCUCGCGGUGAGAACCCCCCGCCGGCCGGAAGUGGUGUGGCCAGAAGCUGUCGGUCGCGCCGGGGUCGGAGCACAAAGGCGCAGAGGCCGGAGAGCCUGCUGGUGUUGCAUGAGUCGUGGCCACCCGGGCGUUGGACGCCAUCUGACGGCUUUGGGGGGCCAUGGAUUUUGUGAUUUAGAAACAUGGCUCCGCCUACGGGUUGAGAAAUGACCCACCGUCUUCCGGCCUCCGACGGGCUCUGGACUCCUACUAACGAGGCGGUAGCCCCUUCCUCAUGGGGGGAAGCAGACUGUAGGCAGGACCAAAACCCCACGGUCCGUAAAGUAGUCUAAGACUUGAUGCUACGCGUUGAAAAGAAGAAAACGCGGUCCGAACCACAAGCUCAUGGUAAACUUAAAAAAACAAAAGCAAAAGCCGGAAUUCUGAGCUGGACCACUUGGGAAAGAUUAGAGGAUGGUUGAGGCUGCUGUGAUUGUGGUGAAGCAAGACCCCGCAUGCAGGGAGAUCCAGGGUGAGGAGCUGAAGAAGUUCUGUUCCCGGGUCAGUAAGCUGCUGCAGAAGGAGGACUUGGGGUCUGAUGCCGUCGACGCCCUACGGAGGCUUUUCCUCAUUGUCUCGGCCACAAAAUAUAACAGGAAGCUGGAGAAGACGUGUGUGGACCUGCUGCAGACCACCCUCUGCCUACCCACCUGCCCUGAGCAGCUCCAGCUUCUCUGUGCCGCCAUCCUGAGAGAGAUGUCCCCCUGUGACAGCCUGAGCCUGUCCUGUGACCACAUCCAGAACACACGGCAGCUGAGCCUGGUGGCCUCUGUGCUCCUGGCCCAGGGUGACAAAAAGCAGGAGGUCACAAAUAUGGGCCUGCGUGUCUUCAAAGUCCUCGAGAGCCGGCAGCCCGAGGGGCCGAGUCUGAGGCCCCUCCUCCCGGUCCUGUCCAAGGUCGCCAGCCUCGCCCCAGGCACCCUCCACAAAGACCAGACCAACCUGCUCAACAAGAGGCUGGUGGACUGGCUCCGCUACGCCAGCGUCCAGCAGGGCCUUGCACAUUCUUCCGGAGGCUUCUUCUCCACGCCGAGGGCCCGGCAGCCAGGUCCUGUGAUGGAGGUGGAUGGGGCUGUGGCCACAGACUUCUUCACGGUGCUGUGCAUGGGCCAGCACUUCACGGAGGACCAGUGGCUGAACGUGCAGGCCUUCUCCAUGCUUCGGGCGUGGCUGCUGCACAGCAGCCCCGAGGGCGCAGGCACCCCAGACACAGAUGACAGAUCCGAGCUGGAGGGCUCCACCCUGUCUGUGCUCUCAGCCGCCCCCUCCACCAGCCGCCUGCUGCCCCCUCAGGAGCGACUGAGGGAGAAGGCCUUCGAGUACUGCCAGCGCCUCAUCGAGCAGAGUAACCGGCGAGCCCUGAGGAAGGGGGACGCAGACCUGCAGAAAGCUUGCCUGGUGGAGGCCGUGCUGGUGCUGGACGUGCUCUGCAGGCAGGACCCCGCCUUCCUGUACCGCACCCUCUCCUGCCUGAAGGCCCUGCGAGCGCGGCUGUGCGGGGACGCAGCCAGCGUGCGGGCGCUGCUGCCCCUCGCCCACUUCUUCCUGAGCCACGGAGAAGCAGUCGCAGUGGACUCAGAAGCCGUGUGCCAGCACCUGUUCACCAGGACCCCUUCCGAACUCUUCCACAGCCCGACGCUGGCCUUCGAGUUCGUCCAGUUCUGCAGGGACAACCUCCCCCUGUUUGGCAGAAACCUUGGUGUUCUCAGGUUGAGCUUCCCCAGCCUCUUUAAGUUCCUGGCCUGGAACAGCCCGCCCCUGACCGCCGAGUUUGUGGCGCUCCUCCCGUCACUGGUGGAUGCCGGCACGGCUGUGGAAAUGCUGCACGCGCUGCUGGACCUGCCGUGUCUGACCGCGGCCUUGGACCUGCAGCUCAGGUCAUCUCCAGCUGCAUCCGAGAGGCCGCUCUGGGACGCCUCCCUCAGGACCCCCAGCUGCCUGGAGGCCUUCCGGGACCCUCAAUUCCAGGGUCUCUUCCAGCACCUGCUGCGUGCCAAAGCCAGCGGAACCGCAGAGAGGUUGGCGCCACUCCACCAGCUGCUGCAGCCCAUGGCCAGCUGCGCCCGGGUGGUCCAGUGCGCUGAGGCUGUGCCCACCUUGCUCCAGGCGUUCUUCUCAGCAGUGACCCAGCUCACUGACAAGGCCCUGACCAACCAGCUGGCACUGCUGCUCUUGGAGAGAACUGACUCGCUUUACCAGGUCCCGGGGUACGAAGCCAGCGUGCACAGGGUGCUGAGCUCCCAGUUCCUGAGCCUGUGCAUGCGGCACCCCGCCCUGGUGGUCGAGCAGGCGAAAGAGCUCCUGGAAUUCGUGGGCAGCAGCAGCGGCUUGCGCAGCGGUGCGAGCAUGCUCACCUCUGUGGUGUGGGCCAUCGGCGAGUACCUGUCGGUGUGCUGGGACCGGCGGUGCACCGUGGAGCAGAUCAACAAGUUCUUCGAAGCCCUGGAGGCCCUGCUGUUCGAGGCCACCCAGUCCCGCCCCUCUGCCGUCUUUCCCAAGUGCCCCCCACAGGUCAUCACUGCACUUAUGACCACACUGACCAAGCUGGCCUCCCGGAGCCAAGACCUGAUCCCCAGGGUCUCCCUGUUCCUGUCAAAGAUGAGGACCCUGGCCCUGAGCCCAGCCACGAGCUCUGUGCAAUGUGAGGAGGACAUGGGAGCCGUGCGCACGCGGGCCACCGAGCUGCUGAACCUGCUGAAGAUGCCCAGCGUGGCGCAGUUUGUGCUCACGCCCAGCGUGGACGUGUCCGAGCCGCGCUAUCACCGUGACGCCAACACGGCCCUGCCCCUGGCCCUGCGCACAGUCAGUCGGCUGGUGGAGAAGGAGAUGGGCCUCCUGCCAGGCUGAAGGGGCAGUGACCAGGUGGACGCCAGCCAGGGCCGCAGUUAAGAGCCUGGUAUUAGGGCCAAGCUGUGGCUUCAGUGAUCAGAAAGGAAAUCAGGAAGCCUGAGUCCCGGGGACAGAGGCCCGGUGGGUCUCGGUCCCUCGGUCAGGGCUGUCGCAGUCCCACCCUGUGGACAUUUGUGUCUCUAAGCCCCCCCUCCCUUGUGACCAUCCUGAGCUAUGCGGUGAAACAGCUCUGAUUUGUGGCUCUAGGCCCCUUGGGGGCUGGAUGGAAGCUGCUUGCUCUGUGUCCUGCUGUUCCUUUUUGGGGGGCAGUUUGGGGGCAAGCAGUGUCAGCAAAAAUAAACUUCCUUUGAAAGUU